GCCGCGUUCAGUCUUCUUUCGAGCGUCGUGCACAUCGGGUCGAUUCCUCCACUAUCUCGAUACGAUUCAAUUUCAAUUCGAGCCGAUCCAGUCCGCUAUAGUCUCGCAUAUAUUCGCGUGCGCGUGUGACGAGUUCGAUAAAAAUACUGCAAACGUUUUAGUUGAAGAGAAUCCCAAAUACUCGAGCCAAUAUGACGGCGGAUCUAUCACCCGUGCAGGAGUACUACAAGGACAAGACGAUCUUCAUCACUGGAGCGUCCGGGUUCAUGGGCAAGGUGCUGCUGGAAAAGCUGCUCUACUCCUGCCACUCGCUGAAGGAGGUGAUCAUCAUCUGCCGCCCGAAGCGCGGAAAGGCCCCCGAAACGCGUCUGGAGGAGAUGUUCAAGCUGCCCAUCUUCCAACGCAUCAAGGACGAGCGUCCGGAGAUGCUCAAGAAGGUGACCAUCUACCAGGGCGACGUGACCUUUGACCAGUUGGGCCUCAGCGGCGAGAGCUUGAAGCAUGUCACCGCGAACACCAACAUUGUGUUCCACAUGGCGGCCACACUCAAGCUGGAGGGCAACCUUCGAGACGCCAUCGACAUGAACCUGCUGGGCACCCGACGCGCCCUCAACGUGGCCAAGGAGAUGAAGCAGCUCGAAGCCUUCAUCCACCUGUCCACGGCCUUCUGCAACUGCGACCAAGAGGUAAUGUACGAGAAGGUGUACGAGUUCCCGCACAAGCCCGAGGACCUCAUGCGCCUGGCCGAGUGGAUGGACGUGAAGACCCUGGACGCCAUCACGCCGGACCUGCUAAAGCCGCACCCAAACACCUACACCUACUCCAAGCGACUGGCCGAGCUCCUGGUGCGCGACCACUACGAGUCCAUGCCCGUCAUCAUCGCCCGUCCCAGCAUCGUAACUCCAGCUAUUGCUGAGCCCCUGCCAGGUUGGGUGGACAAUAUGAACGGGCCUACGGGAGUCCUGAUUGGCGCCGGCAAAGGGGUCAUCCGAUCCAUGAUCUGCAAUGGUGAACUUAAGUCUGAAGUCAUACCCGUGGACAUCGCCAUUAACGGUUUGAUUUUAAUACCUUACCACAACAGUCUUGCUGAGAAGAGAGCUCUCCAGAUACCUGUAUACAAUUUGACCGUGGACGAUGCCAAGAAACGCACAUGGAAGUGGAUAAUGGAUGUAGGUCGCGACUUGGGAAUUAAGUACCCCUUCGAAGUUGGACUCUGGUAUCCCGAUGGUAAUAUGACCUCCAGCAAACUCUAUCACACCAUCUGCACUGUCCUGUUUAUGUGGCUGCCGGCAUACUGUAUCGACUUUCUACUACUAAUCUUCGGACAACGUCGCUUCAUGAUUCGGGUACAAACAAAAGUCGCUGUGGGUCUGGAGGUUUUGCAGUUCUUUACAACGCGCAGCUGGGACUUCAAGUCUUCACACUUUGAGCAGAUCUACAAGGAACUGGGCGCAAUCGAUAGGAAGAUAUUUAAGAUCAAUACCAACGAUGUAGACGACCAUGAGUACAUGAAACUCAGCAUUUUGGGUGGACGUCAGUAUGUGAUGAAGGAACCCUUGACCUCGUUGCCUAAGUCCCGCAUACAGCUAAAAUUCAUGUAUGUCCUGGAUCGUACUUGCAAAACCAUUAUAAUUUUUGGUCUUCUAUAUUGGACUUCCCAGAAACUGGGAAUAAUCGAUUUGGUUGCAAACGGACUCCUGUAUAGAAAAUGAGCCAUUGUUCUUUAAAAGCUAAUUUUUUUGUUUCGCACCUUCAUGUUCACGUGCCUUUAAAAGGUUUUAUUGUAAAUCAGGUCAAAUAUAUUCAGGUGUUUUGUAUACGUUGACUUGUUUUUGCAAGUCGUGUUAAUUGUAAAAUAAAAAAAAUUUUUGUUUUUGUGUACCAUAAA